AAGAUGCCUUACUUUGCAAAACUCCUUUUAUUAAUCUUCUGCUUAGUUCUUCUUGUGGAAAGCAGAAAGCACAGGAGGAGGAGGUGGACGAGCCAUCUGGAUGUGCAGAGGGCAAGUCACAUCUUUAAGAAAAAUCGUGACUUGACCAAAGCCUGGAAAGGAAAGACAGACCAGCUUCUCAGAGUCGAUGAACAUGACUUCACCAUGCGGCCGGCCUUUGGAGGCCCUGCAAUUCCUGUUGGGGUGGAUGUGCAAGUUGAAAGCUUGGACAGUAUUUCUGAGGUUGACAUGGAUUUCACUAUGACCUUGUACUUAAGGCACUACUGGAAGGAUGAGCGUCUCUCAUUUCCCAGCACCAACAACAAGAGCAUGACCUUUGAUGGCAGGCUGGUGAAGAAGAUCUGGGUCCCUGAUGUCUUCUUUGUGCAUUCCAAGAGAUCCUUCAUUCAUGAUACCACCACGGACAACAUCAUGCUGCGAGUGUUCCCCGAUGGGCACGUCCUCUAUAGCAUGAGGGUCACAGUGACAGCAAUGUGCAACAUGGACUUCAGCCACUUCCCCCUGGACUCUCAGACGUGUUCUCUGGAACUGGAAAGCUAUGCUUACACUGAUGAAGAUCUGAUGCUGUAUUGGAAAAAUGGGAAUGAAUCUCUUAAAACUGAUGAAAAAAUUUCUUUGUCUCAGUUUUUGAUACAAAAAUUCCACACAACUUCAAGACUGGCUUUCUACAGUAGCACAGGUUGGUACAAUCGACUCUAUAUAAAUUUCACUUUACGCCGACACAUCUUUUUCUUCUUGCUCCAAACCUACUUCCCUGCCACUCUCAUGGUCAUGUUAUCCUGGGUGUCCUUCUGGAUUGACCGACGAGCAGUUCCUGCCAGAGUCUCUUUGGGGAUAACCACUGUGCUGACCAUGUCCACGAUCAUCACUGGGGUGAAUGCCUCCAUGCCUCGUGUUUCCUACAUCAAAGCAGUGGACAUUUACCUGUGGGUCAGUUUUGUGUUUGUCUUCCUCUCGGUGUUGGAAUACGCGGCUGUGAAUUACCUGACAACGGUGCAAGAGCGGAAGGAGAGGAAACUGCGGGAGAGGUUUUCAUGUUCAUGUGGAAUACCUCACUCAAAAACUAUGAUGCUGGAUGGAAACUACAGUGAAUCUGAUGCCAACAGCCUGGCAGGAUAUACAAGAAACCAGAUGGUACCAGAAGAAGAAAAACCAGAAAAGAUGGUUGUACAUUUAGCUAUGAGCAAUGAAUCUAAUUCAUCAAGGAAGAGAGGCCUGAAGGGCCACGUGGGCUUGCGCAUCAUCCAGAACACUCAUGCAAUUGAUAAAUAUUCAAGAUUAAUAUUCCCAGGCACCUAUAUAUUUUUUAACUUGAUAUAUUGGUCUGUCUUUAGCUAAGAAUGCUGGCACAGCAGUGACUGAAUCAGAUGUCUACAAAACACUCUUUUGUUGGUACUUCUUUUGUCUUAAUCUGAACACAAAGCUAGAAACCUGAUUAUUUUAUUGCUUCUUUGAAGGAUAAAUGGGAGGACACAUCCUCCAGGAGGCAAUUCCAUGUGCAGGCCUCAUGGAGGAACUUGCUGUACUGGUUGGUUUCCAGCCCAACUUCUUGCUUCCAUUUGCUUUAUGACACAUGCCAUUUCUCAUACUUGAAAAUACGUGUCCACCAUACACCCAAAAGGUGCUGGAUGCUCAUUUGGG